AUGCUUGUGUGCAUAGAUAAAUAGGUAAAGGCUGGCAGAACCCAGACAGAAAGCACAAGAUCCGAGGAGCAGAUCGACCAAAAGUUUCUGAUCCCCUCUUCUUCUCGCUUGCUUCUCUCCUACUCGAUCAAUCUCGCUAGAGCUUCUUGCUUGCUUUGAUCUCUCGAGCCUCUAGCCUAGCUUAGCUAGCUAAGCUAGCUACUCAUCAGUGUCCUAAGUAGAGUUGCUAGCUAGCUAAGCAUGGCGAGCAAUGGCGAGGCGACGACGGGGAGCGAGACGGCGGCGCCGGCGCCGGUGCCGGAGCCGACCCCGCCGCCGUGCCAGGGGAGGCUCAUCACCGUGCUGAGCAUCGACGGCGGCGGCAUCCGCGGCCUCAUCCCGGCCACCAUCCUCGCCUGCCUCGAGGCCAAGCUCCAGGAGCUGGACGGGCCGGAGGCGAGGAUCGCGGACUACUUCGACGUGAUCGCCGGGACGAGCACCGGGGCGCUGAUCACGUCCAUGCUGGCGGCGCCGGACGACGACCGGCGGCCGCUCUUCGCCGCCGGCGACCUCACCAACUUCUACCUCGAGAACGGGCCCAAGAUCUUCCCGCAGCGGAGGGUUGGGUUCUUGACACCAGUGGCAAACCUGAUCGGCGUGGUGAGGGGGCCCAAGUACGAUGGCUCGUUCUUGCAUGACAAGAUCAAGAGCCUUACGCAUGACGUUACCAUCUCAAACACGGUCACCAACAUCGUUGUACCGGCUUUCGAUGUCAAAUACUUACAACCCAUCAUCUUUUCCACCUAUGAGGCCAAGAAUGAGCCCCUCAAGAAUGCCCACCUCUCCGACAUCUGUAUCAGCACGUCAGCAGCGCCGACAUACUUCCCCGCGCACUUCUUCAAGACCACCGACGUCUCCUCCGGCAAGUCUCGGGAGUUCCACCUCAUCGAUGGCGGUGUCGCUGCAAACAACCCGACAAUGGUAGCCAUGUCUAUGAUCAGCAAGGAAGUGUUGCGUGAGAACCAGGACUUUAAAUUGGGUAAGCCAGCAGAUUACAAGCACUACCUGGUGAUCUCAAUCGGGACAGGGACGGCGAAGAUGGCGGAGAAGUACACCGCGCCGGCAUGCGCCAAAUGGGGUGUGCUCCGGUGGCUCUAUGACGGCGGCUUCACCCCACUCAUCGACAUCUUCACUCAUGCUAGUGCUGACAUGGUCGACAUCCACGCGUCCGUUCUCUUCCAGUCUCUCUGCUGCGAGAAGAGCUACCUCCGUAUUCAGGACGAUUCGCUGGAGGGGCACACGUCGUCGGUGGACAUCGCGACGAAGGAGAACAUGGAGGCACUGAUCAAGAUCGGCAAGGACCUUCUGACUAAGCGAGUGGCGAGGGUGAACAUCGACACCGGAGUAUACGAGCCCGUUGAUGGAGAGGGCACCAACGAGGAGGCACUCGCUCGCUUUGCCAAGAAGCUCUCAGAGGAGAGAAGGCUACGCAGAAACAACCUCAGUUCCUCUUGAGCUGAGCUAAAGCUAAGUUAGCUAGCUAGCUCAGUUCUAGCUAAGCUAAGCUAAGAUGUAAAAUUAAGUAAUACAGCCUGUGAUGUAGUAAGUGUGAUGUGGGUGAGGUAUUAUGCAUAUUGUAAUAAUGUUGGUUUGGUUUUCAAUAAUUAAUCAGCAUGUGUUUAUUUGAGCCA